AGGAGUCGAUAUCGUUGACAUGAUCAUGGACGAUACUUUAGGUCGCCAAGGUACACAUACGAAUCGCCGAGCCGCACCUCGAAGCACGCAGCCUCGAGCAAACGCGAGCUACUCUGAUACAAAAUACUUCAAAUUUAGAGGCUCGAGGCAUCGAGUAAUCAUCCGAAUGACCCCUGGAUAUCUGCAGGUUCAAGGCAAUGAGCUAAGUCAGGCGAAGACGAAUUUACAACGCCUAUACGUACAAGAGCGAAAUGCUCUUACUAGGGGUUCAGCUGGCAUCAGUCUACCUAUGAUCCGGGCCAGUCGCGGCACAGCCGAGCGGCGAUACGUUAACUGCCUUGUUCGAUAUCUUCGCGACGCUAACCGCAUGAGUGCCAUCCAAGCUAAUCAACUUCAACGCAACUUCACUCGGGACAAGAUGGUGGGGAUGGGCGUGUCCAACCAAGAUUACCUACUUGGAAUGUACCCACGCGAGCUCAAUUAGGGCAAGACUAGAAGGGUAUAUGACAGACGAAUUGUUACGGGUGAGAUUGAUGCGUCUGUGGUUACGCUUGAGCGCGCGAAGCGUUGUACAAAGGCGCUCUGCUAACGCGAAUGUUGAAAGAUGGAUGGAAUAUCAUCGAUCUUAUAUCGAGCGAUGCUGACCCUAUAUUGGCUGAUUUUCCUCAUUGAGGGGUUGAAGCAUGUAUACUACGAUCCAAAUCAAUCUGUUACCCUGGG